CUUCCUCCUUUGGUUGCAGGCAGUGUGUAUUGUUCUCGCAGCAACAUUAAGUUUUGUACAGCUGAGCAUUAGUGUUUGUAAAAGAAAAGGGAACUUCACUCGCUUGAUGGCCAUUGAAAGACAGGAGCAGUGAACUGAGCCCAGAGGUGGCGUUCUUUAUGCCCUGGACGUGCUGGACACUCAUUGGGAUGAGGUAUCUUCUCCAAUACGUCGCGUGUUUCUUCGCCUUCUUCUCUGCUGGGUUUUUGAUAGCAGCCACCUGGACAGACUGUUGGAUGGUGAAUGCUGACGACUCACUGGAGGUGAGUACGAAGUGCCGUGGCCUGUGGUGGGAAUGUGUCACCAACGUGUUCGAUGGGAUUCAGACCUGUGAUGACUAUGACUCUAUAUUUGCUGAGCACCCCUUGAAGCUGGUGCUGACCAGAGCCAUGAUGAUCACAGCAGACAUCCUGGCGGGGUUUGGAUUCGCUUUCCUGCUCCUGGGACUUGACUGUGUCAAAUUCCUCACGGACGAGCCCACCAUCAAGCUGCGCAUCUGUCUCGUGUCUGGAGUUAUGUUGCUCAUAGCAGGCUUCCCAGGCCUUAUCGGCUCAGUAUGGUACGCCCUCGAGGUGUACAUGGAGCGCUCCUCCCUGGUUUUGCACAAUGUGUUUCUGGGCAUCCAGUAUAAGUUUGGCUGGUCUUGUUGGCUCGGAAUGGCUGGGUCCCUGGGCUGCUUCUUAUCUGGGGCUGUGCUCACCUGCUGCGUGUAUCUCUUCCGAGAUGUUGGCUCUGGGAGGUUCUACUCCUCUAAUUCCUUGAGGAAGAUGUAUUCCCCCGCUGGAACAACUGUGGCAAACACAUACUAUCCAUCGUCUCAGACAGCGACUGCCAAAAUGUACGCAAUGGACACCAGAGUGUGAGGCGCGGGAAACGAGGAGAUUAGUGCUCUGCUUUUAUUUUGAACUGCUUAUUCAGAGGCCUGGCCUGCAGCGCUUGUGAGCGGGAUGCUAAGUCGCGCCUCACAGAUACGUGCAGAAUGGCCUGUAUGGGGGCUUGAGAUAAAAUCAUCAUCUUCAGAAACAAAGCAAGAAAGCAGCUUCCAGGAAGGAUCAUGAAUGCAGGACUCCCACUGGGUUGCGUUCUGAGAGGUGCUAAAUACCAGCUGAAUUCCGUUAAUUUUGCUGUUCAGCCUCAGUCAGAAUUUGGUCCAUUGACUUCACUGUGAGUUGAAAGAAAUCAGUUCUUUGCUGGCAUGGGCACCUACAUGUUGUAUAAAGAAACCAAAACAAUAAGGGUGGGGGUGGGGGCGGGGGGGGGGGGUUAAAUCACAGAGCUAAUCCGUGUGUGAUAAGGUGCUGACAGACCAGGGGGACCACACAUAUGAGCCUCUGCUGAGAGGCGGAUGGGCCGCCAGGUCGACAUCUGGAAUCCAUGUAGCCAGGACAUAGGCGUGUCCUCUCCUUGACAGCAACAACAGAUCAGUACAGAAGGGAACGGGCUGUACUAACCUGCACCCUCCCCUGCCGUCUGUGCCUUAGGGCUUGCCCACAAAUCACCAGCUGGAGCAAAUGCUGUUUGCUCAGAUUCAUUCUGCCCUGCGAAAUGCAAACCUCUUCACCCAGUGUCGAGUAGCUGAUCAGUCAACCCAUUUGGGAUUCUCUGUUGCCCAGCUCUGGAAAUCCUAAUUCAGUACUUAUCCAUUCCCUUCCUGCGUCACACAAGGACAACAUGGGUGAGGAUGCAGAACUGGCCUUGUCUCAUGAUGAAUGGAUUGACUAGGAGCUGAUAUAACCGACUGUAAAAUCCCUUUGAUCUGAACCCCCUUUAAAUCAAAACACUUCCUUAUCUGAGUCAGAGCUAUUUUACUGGGCAUGAAAUCUACAGCCCUUAUGUCGGGCGUGGGUAGGCCUUUCUUCAUUAGGGAAAAAAAUGGUGUUUUUAACAAAUUCGCUAACACAAGUUAAAAUCCCAGUGUAGGCAGGGCAAUUUUCAACACGGUUGCUAGUCGCAGCAGACCGUGGGUGGGAUCCCAAGUUUAACUCACCCAGUUUAGCAGGUGUUAAGCCGACACUCCUUGUCUAGCCAAGAGUUUUAGAGUGUGUGUUUGGCGUAUGUUAGCUAAUGUGACAGCAUUGCAUUUUUACCCCCAUCGAGACAAGGUGCUGGGCACGUCCUCCGACUAUUAGAACCGCUCUCUUGGGUCCAAGGGACGUGAUGAGUGUCCUUUAGGUGUAUAAAGACCAGUGCUUUAUGGAAAAAUACCCAUCGUUUGUAAAUAACCCCUUUGAUUAGUUUAUUUCCUUCUCUGUAAGUGGAUACUGAUUUCCAAUUGCAGCACACCCAAUAAAAUGGUCUUGUAAUAAAACAAUUAAAUCUGUA